AUGAGUCUGAUGCACCCCACACCGCUGCACGACGUCCCAGUAGCGUUUGCCGUGCUGGGUCUGUCGGCCGUGCUGGAGGGAUACUCUCUGCAAGUGGCCAUCAAACAGGUGAAAGAGAAUGCCGCGCAUCACGACAUGACUAUGAUGGAAUACAUCCGAGACGGCUCAGACCCAAAUGACGUGGCUGUGCUUCUCGAAGACGGUGCUGCGGUGGCGGGUAUUGGCAUUGCAGCCACAUGUCUGGGACUGUCGCACUACUACGACUCCUCUGUCUUUGAUGCCGUGGGCAGUAUCUCAGUAGGGAUGCUGCUGGGUGGUUGUGCGACGUUCCUUGUGAAGCGGAACAUGGAUGCCCUGACCGGCAAGUCGGCGGAUACUGACCUGCUGAUGCGCGUAGUGCGCGAGAUGGAUAGUGAUCCCGCGAUCAACUCCACACACGACGUCAAAGCAAUCCAAGUGGGUGCAGAGGCUGUGCGUUUCAAG